AUGAUUUCGCUUAAGAUAAAAUUCUUAAUAAGAUUAAAGUUUUGCCUUCUUUUCUCUUAAUUAACGUUAGUUAAGGCAAUAGGAUGUCCUUUUUGGAUAUUAGGAGCCUCAUCGUAUUCUCCGUAUAUACAAACUAUGAUACUUUUGAAAUCAGAUCCUCAGCAAGAUUUUCAAGAUAUUGCUGCGGUAGUCUACUAUCCGUUCACUGUUGGCAUUUUUAAUUUCCAUAAAAAUGUUAAGUACAUACCAAUUGAAUAAUCAGAAGAUGUUCAAUUGUACCAAAUUGAUAAAGAUGAUAGAUAAAGCCUAUAAGUAUCUGUUAUUCAUACCCUAGAUUCUAAAGGAAGAAUUAUUGGAUGGAGCUCAGGAAACGGAUCAAAACAAAGUACUCUUUAAAUUCCUUCCUAAAUUUAAGUCAAUCCUAAUUCUUGUUUGAAUUCUGAAGAACUAAUAGCUGUGACCUGGGACACAUCAAAUCUGUUUAUCAUUGAUUAUUCUUCUUCAACCAUUUCUGAUUCAAAAAUAACUACAAUUUAGCUGAAAUAAGCUUAGAUAAUUCAGUGUGUGAGCAAUAAGGCAAACAGAAGAUUUUUGCUUGUUGAUUCUUAAGGAGGUUUAUAUACAUUUGAUAUUACCAGCUAACUUUUUUAAAAGCUAUUUUAAAUAGAAAAAUUUGUUAAUUUUUAGUCAAUUUACGCAACCAAAAAUUAAAUUUCUAUAACGUAUGCUUCAUAAAAUGGGUCUUUCUAUGUGUCUUCAUAUAAAAACUCAGUUCUACAGUUUUAGAAUACUUUACCUUCGGUUUCAACAUAGGUAUUGGUUAGCUAAGAAGAAGACUUUAUCAUAAUAACAGGAGAGUCCAAUUUGUUUUAGGUAUGGUCAAUGAAAUAAAAUAUCUUAGUAUAUCAAGCAGAUUUCUAAAAAAUUUAUUGUGAUCAAAGAGAUGCAAACUAAACUUCAGUAGAUUCUACAAUUAAUUUUACUUUUGGAUCUAUCAAUCAAAGAAAUCAAAUAUCAGUUGUUUCUGAUAAAUACAUAUUUGUAUACUCAUUAGAAGAGAAAAGUCCUCUUUUAUUUAAAAAUUAAGUUUUUAAGAUGACAUUUAAAUGGAUGAAAGCUUUUGUAGUUGAGAAUUAAGUAGUGGCGUGUUUCUAUUCUUCUAUUUCUACUUUAGAUCUCAAGACAUCUAAAUUUAUUUAUUUCAUGGACUCUUUUUAAUCGGCUUAAUCAUCUUAUGAUAUAGUUAGAUAACUUUAAAUUGACUCUGAUUUUAAUAGAAUAAUUAAAUCUGAUUAAGCAGGAACUAUAUAGUAUUGGUCAUUGUUUGACAACUAACUAGAAAAAUAAAUAAGCUACAUUAACCAUGACACUAUCUUUUUUAUAGAUAAGUCAAUCAAUAAACUAGUACAAUACUAAACUUAUACGGCCACUGACUAAACUUUGAUAGUAAUCUAUGAUUAUUUACUAGGAGUAUUAAUAGAUAGUAUAAUAAGUCCUUUUGGAUAGAGCAAUCUUUAAGAUUUUGUACUUAUUUAAGACAAGCAAAAUAAGCUUAUCAUAGGGUUUGUAAUACAAACAACAUAAUAUGUAAUAUACAAGCUUGAUAGCAGUUUAGAUCACUCACUAAUAUUUAGCGGAGUACUCCAACAAAAUGGUUCUAUCGAUAGUGAUGGUGAAAUAGUAUUGUUAGAAUAAAAAUAACAAAUCUUAAUACAAAUUAAUGGAUAUCUGUCUUUAUUCAAUUACUAUUAUUCAAGUGGAGAUAGUAAUUAAUAAAUAAAUUUACAAAAUAAUACUGAUUAGGUCAUUUCGUUUUUUUAUCUUAGCUAAGCUUAAACUCUAAUUUCAGUCAAAUAAUAGAAUAUUUAGAUAUAUCUAUAUGACAGCAAUACCUUUAAUUUAAUCAACAACUUAAACUACAAUGUAGGAUAACCUUCAAAUAUAUUUUUAGUUGAUGAAUAGCAAACACUUGUUUUAAAUAAAGGAAAUCAGCUUUGUUUUAUGAAUUAUCAGAAUUAUAAACAAUAAGUAUUGAAUCUAAAUGAUUAAUCAGUGCAAUUUUUCGCAUUUGAUGGGCCUUAAGGCUUGCUAAUAGCAAUAUUAAGCAAUUCAAAAAUUAUUGUUGUAGAUAUUGGCACUACAAAUUUUCUCAAUCAAAUAUAAAUAUAUUCUAAUGCAAUACAAACAGUUGAUAUUUAUACAGACAAAUAAUUAGUUAUGGUUGCAUAUAAUGAUGGAUAGAUCAUUUUAUAUAACUAUAUAAAAAAUAUUAUUCAAAAUGUAUUCAAUAAUGCCUAUCCAGCUAGUGCUAAAGAUUUAGACUCAAAAUAUAAUACCCUUGCCCUAUAGUCGAAUGUAUUUAUAUUUACAAGAACAUUGACAGAUAAUUGCUUAAUUAAUUAAAUAGUUCUCCCUAAUUAAUUAAAUAGCUUUUAUAUAGAUGUAAAAAGUGGUUUGACUCUAAUGCUAUCAAGCUAAAUACAGCUGUAUAAUUAAAUAAAAUAGCAAUAUAUUUCGAGCUCGCCAGCUAGCAUUGAUUUAAAUGAUUCUUAUAUAAUAUAUUCAAUACCAUCGUAAAAUUACUUAUUUGUUGGAUUUGCAAACGUAACCUCCAACUAUGUGAUUGUGUAUGAACUAGAUACAUAUAAGCAAAUAGGUUUAUUGAACCAUAAUGUUUCUUAGUGUGUCACAAUAUAUAAAUUUUACUAUGACGAAUAUUUAAAUAGACUUUUUGUAGGUUGCUUUUCACCUGGAACUAUAGUUGUUUGGGAUUUAUCCAGAAACUUUAAAUUAAUUUAAGUUCUUGAUUAGAUAGAAUCUGUCUAUAGAAUUUCAGGAAUAGUUUUUAAUCCUUAAGAUAAGCUUAUCAUGUUUCUUGGGUAUGCUUGGUGGUCAAGAUCGAUAGAUUAUUAUACCUUAACUCAUAGGUGCACGAUUGCAGGAUUAUAUGCAAAAUUUGACUUAACUAACAAACUACAAAUAGUAUGGGAUCACAACGGUAGUGUUAGAAUUUAUAAUUAUAACUGUGAUAAUAUUGGUUAUAUAGAUGCUCACGAGAAUUGGAUAUAUUAAGGUCUGAUUGAUGAGUAAAAUUAAAUUCUAAUCACUGUUAGGUAUGAGAUAUAGCUUUAAAAUCCACUAUAUGAUGCUUUUCUUGACAAGGAUAAUAAUUAUGUUUUUGUAUCAGAUUUUAAUGGUUUUAUUUAUGCAUUAACAUUUCCAUAAUUAGUUCUUGUUAGAUAAACGUAAGUGACUAGUUCUAGAAUAAAUAGUCUUUAUUUUGAUUCAAAGCACAACAUGCUAAUAUUUGGAUGUUUAGCUUCUAAUACAAUAGGUUAUUAUAAUGUUGUUUAAUUCAUGUAAUCAUUUGCUAACACUUUCUCUUAUUCGUAUGUAGGUGUGAUGUCUACUCUUUAAACAUAGUAAGGAAUUAUAUUCUAUCAAGAAGGUAAUGUUAUUUAGCUUUGGGAUUAUAAGUCUAAGUAAUUAAGAUAUGGAUUUUAUGUUGCAGACUCAGGUAUAGAUUUCUAUAGUGAUUUUAUCCUCAUCGAAGGUUAAGCUUCAAUUGCUGCUUUACUAACUCGUGAAUAAACAGUAUUUUUUGAUAUAAAUACUAUAUCAAUAAUUAAUAUCUAAAAGCAAAAAUGUUCCAGAAAUACAUAAAUACAAGGGUAUUUGAUUUGUUCAUAUGUGAAUUACAUAACAAUUUUAGAUGUGAAUGAAUAUAAAGUAUUUUAAUAAAUUUCGAUUGAUAAAAACUCUUCUAUUAUAAAACUUAAAGCUAUUGCGCAGCUUAAAACUUUUUUCGUAACUACAACUUAAGGAUAGGUAAUUGGGUACACUCUUAAUCUUUCAUCAUAAUAAUUAUAAUUCAACUAAAUAUUUAAUUUAUAACUCCUCAGCGAAGCGAUAGUAAAUAGCUUGCUUAUCGAAUAAUCUAAUAGCUAUAUUUUAAUAGCUUCUGCUUUAAGUGGAUAAAUAGCUUAAAUGGUAUUAUCUUAGGAGCUUGUUAUUUUAAAAUAAUAAACACUUUUGCUACCUGGAAUAACCUCUCAUGCUCACAUUCUAUAAUACACCAAUGGUUAUGUAUUUAUUAAAAGAAUACAGGAUUUUUCAUUAAAUUUAUUCAAUCCUUAUGACAUGACUCUAAUCAGCUAAGUUACUAGUCCCUGCAUUGGAUAUUCUUAUAAACUUGAUAUAAGCUUAGAAUUUGAUUAUAUUAUUUAAAGUUGUCUAGGAGUUUAUCAAAUUAAUGAGCUUUCAACUUUAAAAUUAGUAUCUUAUGGAAGAUUUACAACUACUCUUCUUUAAUAUCCUGUAAACCCCUUAUUUACCCCAAGUGAUAACAAGAUAAUUUUCAUCAAUAAAGAUUACUUUUUUGAUGCUUACACUUUUCAAAUAUAGACCUAUAGAAUUAAUAGACUCAACUAAACAAUAACACUGUUAGGUAUUUAUACAUCAGAUUUUACGAGACUUGGAAGUGUAGCAGAUUAUGAAAUAUUUGACACAAAAGAAAAUGUGUAUGCAUAGCUUAUUUUAUACUCUGGAAAAUAAAUAGCUUAGAUAUAACUCCCUAUAUUUGGUUAAUCAAUCUGCUAAGAGUAGAUUACUUCAGACUAAUUUGCUUAGGUAUUAUAAUCUAUUCAAAAAAUUUAUCUAUUGAUAUAUAACUACUUUCCUAUUUAAUAACUUAUCUUUAAUGUAUUAAUUGAAGGAUAAACAAUUUUACCACCUUUUCCUUCUUUUUAGUUCUCAAACCACUCACUAGUGAACAUUAUUUCAAAAAGUAAUACAACACAAUACAAAAUAAUUGUCAGCGAAGACCUGUUUACUUCAUUUUCAGGAUAUAAUCUCGUAUCUUUAAAUAACUUAUAAAUAUAACCAGCAACUUCUUAAAAUGAUUUUAUCCAGUUUUCAAUUCAACAAAUAUAAACAUUUCAAAUGAUUAAUGUUUAAUUAGUAGGAAAUUAAAAAAUGUUUAGCUUCUAAAUAAACUCUAUUAAUAAUGUCUACUUCUAAUAACUAACUGUAUCAGGAUUAAUUUUAAAUAGUCCAAAUUUAAUAAGUCUAUUUAAAAUUACAGGAGUAAAAUAAAUAACACUUUAAUAAAUAAAUGUAUUUUAAUCAAUCUUUAAUUAAACUACUCUCUUUUAUUUUUAAGAUGACUUAAAAGUGUAAAAAGCUUCAAUAGAUUUUGAUUAGAUAAAUAUUACAAAAUGUCAAUUUAAUUACAAUUCAGAUUCUUAGUAUGUUGCUCCUAUUUUUAUUUCUAAUUACUUUAAUGUUUCUCUUUCAGACAUGAGUUUAAAUUCUAAUAAUGGUGUAUCAUUACCAAUAAUAAAAAGUUACCUAAUUUAAAAUCUAUAACUUAAUAACACUCAAUUUACUAAUAAUAUAAAUUUGAUGUUUCUUUAAUAUAAAAAAAGCUUAAAUUUAGAAGAAAAUAUUUUUGAAAUCAAUUAGUAAAUAAACAAUGAUUACAUCUAAAUUUAGAAUGUAACUUUAAGUAAUAAUACAUUUAAUGAUGCAAAGUAGUAUAGUGCACUAGAAAUUAUAAGUCAGACAUUGAAGAUCACUGAUUUUUACAUCACCUAAAAUAGUGAUUUUACUAAAAAAACUACUAUUGUCUCAAUAAAAACAAUUAGCGAAUUUAAUCUUGAUAAAUUUGUUGUUAGUUUAAACUAAGGGUUUUAUAAUUUGGCUGUUAUAUCAAAUUAAAAUUAAGGCACUCUUCAAAAUGCAGAAAUAUCAAAUAACGAUGCAAUUUAGGCUCUAGUGAUUACUCAGUCAAUCCUCUAAAUUUUAAACUUAAAACUCUUGCACAAUAAAUCAAGUGGAUUAAAUCAAUUGAAUUCAAUUGCCAAUAUAGACUAAAAUUCAUAAGUUUAUAUAAAAAACUCAACUUUUAAAAAUAACUUAUCUAAUUAAGGUGGUUCAAUAUUUUCGUCAUAAAGUGAGCUUUAAAUAGAAGGGUCUUUUUUUGACAGCGAUUAAGGUUUAUAAGAAGGAGGAUCAAUAUAUUCUAUAUAUUCUAAUUUAAAAAUAAAUGAUUCCUAAUUUUUAAAUUCUAAAUCAAUAAAAGGGGGAAGUAUUUAUUUUGAAAACGGAAUCUUAAUAUUAAAUAAAAUAAAUGCUCAAAAUUGCUAAUCUGGUGGGAGUGGAGGAUAUGCAUAUAUUAAUUAAGCUACCUAAUUUUAAAUCUCCAACUUCAGCUCUUAAUAUUGUAAAGCUUUUAGUGAUGGAGGAGUUCUGUAUAUAACUCUAACUAAUGGAAAUAGCUCUUUUAUUGUGGACUCUAUUUUUUAAAAUAACUAAGCAUUAGGGAGUGGAGGAGUUAUUUUACUUCAUGGUUCAGAUAUAAUAAUUUCAAAAUCAAACUUCGGAAAUAAUGCAGCUGGAAUAGGAGGAGUCAUAAGAUAUUUUGAUUUAAAGCCUUAGUUUUUAAUUGACAGAGGCAACACAUAAAGAGAUUCUUGUAAAACAUUUAGUUAGAACUAGUGCAAAUCUAAUAAAGCUAUUAUCUUUGGUGAUUAAAUUGCAAGCUAUCCUUAAUUUGCUUCUAUUUUACCAAGUAAAGACUUCGAUGUGGAUAUAAAAAAUUACCCAAAUAUUACCUUUAACAAUUUUAGAAGUGGGUAAAGUAACUUUGACUUGACUAUUUAAUUUUUGGAUGAAUUUAAAAAUUAAGUAAAACAAAUAGAUUUAUAAAAUCAAACUUUGGUCAGUUAAAUAAGUUAAGAUUUAUUCUAAGAAAUAAGCUCAUAUAAUUGUAGGAUAAACAUUUAACAAAGUAGUACAUUUUUAUAAGAUCAAAUUGUAAAAAUAGAAGGUGCAACAUUAGUUGAAUAUACUUAUUACUCAUCCAAAAAAAUAGGAUGCUUUAUGAAUAAUUUUAAAAUUACAGGAGUUCCAUCUAAAAAUGCUUCUAUAUAGCUUUCACUUAAUGGGAUGAAAACUUUAAAUAGCACUAAUCAAUUUAUUAAUGUAGAUAAUAUAGAUAUAUCUAUAUUUUUUAGGAGCUGUUAAGUUGGUGAGUCCUAUAAUUCAGUAUGCUAAGGCUGUUAAUUGUAAGAGUGCAUUUAAUGCUUAAAUGGAACAUAUUCCCUCAAUCUUCCAAAAAUAGGAGAUUAAAUUUAAUGCAAAAAUUGUGACAAUUAAAAAGCUAGUUUUUGUGAGCUAAACCAAAUUGUGUUAAGGGAAAAUUACUGGAGAUAAAGUAAUAAUUCUGAUGAAAUAUACUAAUGCGAUCAGCUUUCUAACCCUUGUAAUGGAGAUUCAUCAAAAGGGUACUGUUAAGAGGGAUACACAGGGGCUUUAUGCUCGUCUUGCGAUGAUUAUGGGUAUGUAUGGGGAAAUAAAUAUGGAAAAGUUAGUGAAUUAGGUAAGAAAAGCAUUUAAUGCUCUUUAUGCUCUUCUAUUUAAGAUAAUUCCUUUAAAUAAAUACUAUUACUCUUAGGAAUAGUACUCUAUCUGGUUUUUUUAAUUUUAGAAUCCUAAAACAGCAAUUGUAAAAUGUGUCAAAUUCGUAUUAUAUCCUCACUUAAAAUUCUCUAAAUGGGAGUAUCAUAGUUUAUACUUUAAUCCACAGUAAUAUCCAAGAUCUUUAUAAAUUAAUUUUAUGUAAUAUCGGCUUUGAAGUCUAGUAUUGGUUUUACAUUCCCAGGAUUAUUCUAGAGCUUAUUUACCUUUCCUCAGACAACUUCAUAACCAAUAUUGGUGUUUUUAUAUUCAAUAGACUGCACCUUGAGUUAAUUAAAUUCCGACAUACCAAUCCAAUACUUGAGAUUUAUUUACAUCUCAAUCGUUCUUCCAUGUAUCUUUUUGCUACUAAUUUAUAUUUCUAUUAACAUAAUUUUUAUUGGAGUGUAAUAUUUUAUGCCAUAUCAAUACUAUUAUACUUAAAUUAAAUAUAAUAAUGCUAACAUGGCAAUUAGUACUAUAAUUGUAUUCAGUUAUCUUGCUACAUAGAAUAUUUACCAGGCUGCAUUAGAAAUUAUUAUUUGUGAAAAGUUUGGAGAUACUUACUACAUGAAAAGUUAGAUGGAUUAAGAAUGCUAUAAUGAUGAGCAUAAAUUUUACAUAGUAUUUUUAGUACUUCCUGUUUUAAUAGCAGUCAUAAUUAUCUAUCCUAUAAUUAUGUUAUAUGUAUUAUGUAGAAACCAUUCUAAAAUGUUCGACAAUAUAUCAACAAAUGUUAUAAGAAGAUAUGGUUAUUUCUUUCAAGGCUAUAAGAAAAAUAGAUGGUGGUGGGAGUUUAUCAAAACUUGGUAUAAGAUAAUAAUUCUAUUUUUGUCAACCUACUACAAUAGUAAACCUCAAAUUUAGUUGAUUUCAAUUAUAUUUGUUUAGUCAGUUUACUGUGCUUCUAUAAUACUCUUUAAACCAUAUUAAGAUCGUAAAAUAAACAAGUUAGAGUCUAAAUCAGCCACUUAUGUUCUCUUAAUUUUUUGGGUUGCUUUGUUUCAGUAGUUGAAUGAUGAUAUACUUUAUCUUAAUUUUAUUUUUUCGAUUACUUUGGUUCUAUUAUUAAUAAUGAUGUUUGGAUAAUUAGCAAUGAGUUUUCUUGGUGUAAUUUUUAAAAGAAAUUAAUAUUUCUUAUUAAAAAGUAAGUGCUUACUUUCGAUAUUUAAAUUUUUAUCAAGAAAGUUAGUAAAUAAAUAAGCAUGGGCUCAAAAGUACUUGUUUGAAAAUAAUUAUUUACUAUACAAUUUGCUUUUUAAUUAAGAAUAUGAUCCUUUUAAAGUGUUUAAUAAUUGGUCAAAGUUAAGAAGAUCUAUUUACAAAGGAAAUUUAGCCAAAAUCUAAAUUGAAAAUUUUUAGAAAUUAAUUGAUUCAAGUGUAAACAAAGAAUUAGAUUCAAAAAAAGAUUUUCCAAAAUCUCCAAAGUAGCUAUUCUCAAUUUAAUUUAAUAAUUCUUCAGUUUCUUUAAAUAGUCCAACAGCAUCUCUAUUUAAAAAACAUACAAGAUAAAAAUUUAGUAUGAAUAAAUAAGGUAUCAAUAGAAAAUAAUUUGACAACAUUGAUGAAGAAACAUAAAAUUGA